AUGGAGUAUUUCACUCUUCCCUCACUGGUUUUUGCCUGGGAUCACCUUAUAUGGUUCAAACACUACAUCCCAAAACAUGGUUGUACUGUUUGGCUGGCACUUAAAGAGAGACUUGCCACCCUUGACACCAAGCCAGUGAUGAAGAAACACUACACCAAUGCAUGCUACCUUUGCCUUGCACAAGAGGAAUCAGUGGACCAUAUCUUCUUCAAAUAUCAAUACAGCUCCAAAAUUUGGGAAUUUAUCCAGCAUGCAGCUGGCUUUUACAUAAAACCUGACAGUUGGAAGGACUUGAUUGCUUGGUGUGCUACAACAUGGAAACAAGAUCACUUCACUACCCACAAGCUGUUACUUUCAAGUGCAAUUUAUUUCAUUUGGCAAGAGAGAAAUGCAAGAGUAUUUAGGAAUAAAUCUUCCCCAACUACUAAAGCUAUACACCUCAUCAAAGGUUACAUCAGAGCAAGAUUUGCCUCUCUUAAGCUAAAGCACAACACAGACUAUAACGUUCCAAAUUUUCACAAACCUGGAUAG